UCAAACCAAAAUAAACUGAAGAAACGUGCAAUCUGAUAAUUUUAUAAUAUUAGUAUUAUUAAGCUUUCUUAUUCAUAAUGUCUUCUAACAACAAAGAUCUGAAAACUUGUCUUAAAAUGUCGCUUAAAGUCAUACGAAUGUAUGAUUGGCUUUUGGACUUGUAUGUGUUGGACUUCUUUGUCGACGACCAUUGGAAUAAAUUGCCCAGUACCUGGCGACUUACUUUCGAACAUAUGGAUCCACAACUUUUAGGGGACAUUCUCUCAAAGAAACCAUCAAACACGAUGUUACCACUGUCAUUUCUGGCACUAAUAAGGUCGAUUGAAGCCCUUACUAUUCCACGAGAGAGGCAGGAUAUAAAUAUAAAUGAAAAAAAAUCUAUGGACGUGGAUACUUGCAAACAUCAUCCGAGGCUUAAAAAUCUGUUUUUGAAACAUGUGAAAUUAAAGAAGAGACAUGAGAUAAACCUAAUGGCUGGUGUAGUUGUAGAUACUGCUGUACAGACUGGUUGUAACUCUGUGAUAGACUUUGGUUCAGGCCUGGGACACCUGGUGCGAGUCUUAGCUUACAGAGAUGAUUUGCAUGCAGCCGGGAUUGAGUGCCAGGCACAACUCACAGAGGAGGCGAGAAAACUUGACUUGGAAUUAGAGUACACAGCCAAGAAGCACCUAUCAAGCGAGUCUGUAAGCAAACUGAAACGCCCUCUACACUUCAAUAUGACAUUAUCAACUCACAAACAGCUGAUGGGACUUUCUUUACCAGAUUGUAUGGCAAACUAUGGACUUAUAGGCUUGCAUCCAUGCGGGGACUUAGGUCCUUUAUUACUGAAACAGUUUGUUGAAUGCGAGAACAUAAAGUUUAUAUGUGUAGUUGGCUGUUGUUUUAUGAAGCUGACCUGUGAUGGUGUUAACCGAGGGUAUCCAAUGAGUGACUUUGUAAAGAGGUUGGAUAGUCAUUUGUCCUUCACCAGUAGAGAAAUAGCCUGCCACGCAAUUGAGGUGUACUGUGAGAGGCUUUGCAAGGGCAAUUAUGAGGAUUUGAAGAUACAUGCAUACAGGGCGGCUCUGGAAAGGAUGCUGGUGGAACAUAAUCCGAAACUGCGCCACGCACCAGUGCGGAGCAUCAAACAUUCAAACACCAUGUCUUUUGAACAGUACUGCUCUCAAGCAACAGAGCGCCUCAACAUCUCCCUGCCAACAUCCCCAGUGGCCUGGUCCCGCGGCCUGGCGGACCUGGCGCAGUGGCGCCGUGUGGUAGUCGUCUACACACUGCGGUUAGCUUUGGCACCGCUUGUAGAAACCGUGGUGUUGCUAGAUAGAGUACUUUUUGUACUUGAACAAGGUCUUUCUUGCGAAAUAAGGCCCGUGUUCGACCCGAAGCUAUCACCUAGAAAUCAUAUCAUAAUAGCUAAAAGAUAAUGUUAACAUGACAUUUUAAACUUAAACAUAUAAGUACAUAAGGUGCAUAUUUGCGAAAUAUGUGUUUGUGUAAAUUAAUGCUUGUAAGAACGAAUUUGUUAUUUAUGACAAAUAAAUUGGUACAGAUAUC